AAGUAAUUCUGUUCCCAUCCGGGUGUCCGACCCGCACAAGCUGUCUUAACGCUAAUGUUAGCAGUUGAGGUUCUUCUAAUCUACGAAGCUUCAUUGCAUUUUCACACAUCACAUAAAUAUCAUUUGGAGGACAUUGUGUAUACGUUUUACUAGCAAAGGAGCUGUCUGUUAAAGUUAAAGUCUCUACAGAACCGACACCAGAAGCCAGGUUUUCUACUUCCACAUCUUUAUUGGUGUCUUUAUCUUUACAUGCGUCGGUUUGGCCACUCUCGACGAUGGAAACCACCGCCGCCUCGGCGCGGUCGACGCCACCAGAGCCGGGUUGCCCCGACGCCUCGGACGAAGACCCCGGACAGGGGACAGAUCCCGCACCGGAAGCCGACCCUGCAGCAGCCGUCGACACAUCUGUAUCUCGCUACUGGAGACUCAUACACUACUAUAAGCUUCAGCUACAGAGUCGGCAUUAGUACUGUAUCGUCGAUCGUAAACCAAGUGUGUGACGCUUUGUGGCGUACAAUGCAACCGUUGUACAUGCCAACAGCCACUGAAGAUUUCUGGAGGAACGUUGCUGCGGGAUUUCACGACAGGUGGAAUUUCCCUCACUGCAUCGGUGCAAUAGAUGGAAAACACGUCAGAAUUCAGGCACCACCUGCAUCUGGAUCUUCUUUCUACAAUUACAAAAAAUACUACUCUACAGUGUUGUUGGGUUUGGUAGAUGCUAACUGUAAGUUCAUAACCGUAGACGUGGGCUCAUACGGAAAGGAAUGUGAUUCCAUCAUAUUUUCAAAUAGCACACUUGGGAAAAGACUGUCUACCUACAGCCUUGGGGUGCCAAAAGACGAGCCACUAGUACCAGGAGGAUCCCCUGUUCCAUAUGUUAUCGUGGGAGACGAGGGUUUCCCCCUGCAGCGGUACAUGAUUCGUCCCUACCCACGCAGAAAUCUUAACGAUGAGAAGAGAGUUUACAACUACAGAGUGAGUCGGUGCAGACGUGUUGUUGAAAACGUUUUCGGCAUAGUUGCCCAACGGUGGAGAUUGUACUUUCGGCCAUUGCAGUGCAACCUUGACACUGUACAUAAAGUAAUAAAAGCCACAGUAAUACUACACAACUAUCUGUGCAAUAAAUGUGACGUUACAACAGUUGGGUCACCAGAAGAAAUUUUGGUCGCCUACAGUACAUGCUGGAAAUCUCUUGAAAAAACUGCUGCCGCAGCUACAAAGGAGAACGCCGCAAUAAGAAACCACUUUGUCAAUUUCUUUAACUCUCCUGAAGGAAGCGUGCCUUGGCAGUGGCGGCACAUUGCUAACACGUAACUACAAUGCACUUAUGAAAAAUAAGCAUUCGUUUAAUACUCCACAAACUUUCAUUAAGAUUAUUGUUUCAUUAAGAUUAUUGUAACAGUUUUGUCAGUAUGUUAUUGUGACUACUUUCUGCAAAUAAACACUAAAGAAUACGUAAUUAUAAUGUUUGAUGAUUAUUUUUAUUGGCAAAGACAAAUUGUUUGCAAAUAGUAAACACCAGAAGAAGAGGGUGCAAACCCUCGA